GCAAGCGCUGUCGGAUAACGGUUCUGAUCACGUGAGCGGAGGAUUCCCUGAGCUCCACCUAAUGUUUGGCUGUGGGUCUCUGCAUCUGCCCCCAUCAGUUGCUGGAUGACACCUCUCUGAUGACAACUGGGUGACCCAGUCUGAACAGGAGUGUCUUCCGUUGUUAUCUGGGUUCCUGACAUCAUAAAUAGAAGAGAAUCAAGUCUCUUCAGAAUCUGGAGGAAGCACCCACAUUCUUGGAUACUACGUGCUGUAUCCCCACAACUUGACUUCCUUAAAUAUCUGGAAGCCUUUUGGAAAUGAAGGUUGUAGCUGACUCUAAUGAAGGAGUAACGGAACUGGAACAUCACCGUGAUCUAGUUACAGAAAAAGACAAAAACGUGGACUAUAAACUUAGUAGCCUCCAAGAGGAGCUGUCAGAAAAAAGAAAUGCAAGGCCCAAGUCACAGCAGGAGAAAGUGAAGAGGGAAAAGUAUUCCUACAACUUAAAUUGUAGAUUUGCCUCACAAGAACAGAAGACUAUGAUAAAUGCACAGUUGCCCGAUGGCAACAUGGAAAAUUCGAGAACUGAAAGAGAGCAACACCUUGAGAAACUUGACGUGACACACCCUGGAGUGUGUCCUUGGGCAGAAACUGAGGAAAACACUUGGAAUGAGUUGCAAGAAGCACUGGAGAUACUAAAAGCUGCUAAGAUGAUCUGCCAUAGGAUUCAGAGGAUUGAACUUGAAAAUUCCAACUUAAUUCUCACAACUGAAAAGCAAGCAAGAGAAAUGGAAGCUCUCUGGGAAAAACCGUUAAGCGCGGGAGCCGAUGCGGUGGAGGCGGCACCCAAAGGCGAUCCAGGGAAGAGGAGGGAGGAUGCUGCUGUGAUGGGGAAUCAGGUGGAGCUGACGAAGCUCACAUCUGAGCUCUCGGAAGUGAGAAUGCAGGACGAUUCUUGCAAAAUGGAAGUGGAAAAGUACAAGGAACUGUAUCUAAAAGAACUAAGAAGUAAUAACGCCUUACUCUCACUUCUUCCGAGUAGGACUUGCAAGCGUCCAAAGGGGUUGAGUGCAAAUCUUGAGGAAGAGAUGAGGCAGAACACCUCUGCAAUGGUGACUCCUGUAGGACCUCACCCCAAGUGCCCUCAAGUGGCAAAUCUAACCAGCAGCGGCAUGGAGUCACAAGGAAGUGUGCUCCACACCUCUCAAAGCCCAGAAGGCAGCUGUGAAUUCACGGAAAAUCCUAGCUUGUCUGAGGAUCAGGAAAAAGCAAGGAGAAAACUGAUCAGCUCAGUACAUUCUCUGCUCCGUGCUUUGCGCCGAGAAGCAAGGAGGACUACAGUGUUAGAGAAAGAGCUAACUGAAAUAAAGAAGAUCUUGAAUACGCUCCCAAAGGAAGAACACAAGUGUGACGGCAGAAGAGAGAGUUUUCGCGAAGUUUCAAAAGCCAGUCAAGCUGAAAUGAAUAGUCCAGUUGGCGUGCUAAGACUUGAGGGAGAAGCAGCAGCAAAAGAAAACUUAGUGCAUGUUGGAGAGAAUCCAAGCGCCGCAGUCCUAACUCAGAUGGAACUUGAAAUGAAAGAGGUCGAAGCUGCCAUCUCUGAAGAGAACACCCAAGAGCUCUUGGUUAAAAGAGAACUGGAAGUCUGGAAGAAGCUCUAUCGAGGAGAGAUAGAUCGUAUAGAUGGCAUGCCAUUGGAGCAGAGGGUGUAAGCUCCUGGCUCGCCAUGAAAGCACAAAAAUGCUCAGGGAACCCGUUCGUGAGAUUUGUAGACUGUGAAAGCUAUCUAGACAGUGUAAUUCUGGAAAAUGUGUGGAUAAAUGAGCCUCCUUUAAAACGUUA